UUCAACAUUCGAACAACGAGCACUGCGGCGCUGUGCAGAAAACGCAUUUUUUAAGCAUUAAAUUACAAACAUAAUAGAAAGCAAGCCACAUAAUGCCCACAAAAUCGGUGCACAAGUGGAUGUCGGACGAAAUGGCGCGUCUAUCGACGAAGUUCGCACGCUACAAGCCCAGCUGCAAUGGCUACAACCGCAUACAGCCGGUGCUGCUGUCGCGCAGCGUCACCCAGAUGCUGAACAAUCCAUUGCCGGUGGAGGAUCAAAUCGGCAGCACCAUGACGGCGGCGAGUCAACAGCAGCCGCAACAGAAACAGCAGCAAGCACACGGGCGUCCCAAAGGUGUAUUGAGUCGCUCGGAAGCCGAAUGGGAGGAGGUCUAUCCGACCGUGCAGUUUGGGCGUAGUGAACAUUGUGAGGCAGAUGGCAAGAAGACGGAACGAAAAUUCGCUUACUAUCGCAACUGUUCGACAAGGAUAAUUUAGGUUCGAAAAGGAUAAGCUACAUAUGCAUUUAUAUGCAUACAUAUGUGUACAUACAUACAUAUGUAAUAGAGCAAUGCGUUUUUAGCACUGCCGCUUUUCAUUGUGCAUGAUAUUUGCGCGUAAAUAUUUAGUAUUAGUUUUUACAAUGUAGAGAUUUUGCAAAAAGAAUUCAUUUAUAUUUAAAUGUUGAAAAUUGCUGUGUUAAUUUUAAA